CGAGCGCCGCCCGCCCGCGUCCCCGCGUCCCCGCGUCCCUCGCGCCGGGUCCCGCCCCGCGCCCGGUCCCGCCCCGGCCCGCCCGCGCCCUCCGCCGCCGCCGGCCAGGCUGCAGUCGGCGCCGCGCCGAGUGGGAGGAUGCGGCGGCGCUCGCGGAUGCUGCUGUGCUUCGCCCUGCUGUGGGUGCUGGGCAUCGCCUACUACAUGUACUCGGGGGGCGGCUCCGCGCUGGCCGCGGGCGGCGCGGGCAGGAAGGAGGACUGGAACGAAAUUGACCCCGUUAGAAAGAAAGACCUUCACCACAGCAACGGAGACGAGAAAGCACAGAGCGCGGAGACCCUCCCUCCAGGGAAGGUGCGGUGGCCGGACUUCAACCAGGAGGCGUACGUGGGCGGGACGAUGGUGCGCUCUGGGCAGGACCCCUAUGCCCGCAACAAGUUCAACCAGGUGGAGAGCGACCGGCUGCGCAUGGACAGAGCUGUCCCGGACACUCGGCACGACCAGUGUCAGCGGAAGCAGUGGCGUGUGGACCUGCCAGCCACCAGCGUGGUGAUCACGUUCCACAACGAAGCCAGGUCGGCCCUGCUGAGGACCGUGGUCAGCGUGCUCAAGAGAAGCCCCCCGCACCUCAUAAAGGAGAUCAUCCUGGUGGACGACUACAGCAGCGACCCUGAGGACGGGGCCUUCUUGGGGAAAAUCGAAAAAGUGCGCGUCCUCAGGAACGAUCGGCGAGAAGGCCUGAUGCGCUCCCGGGUCCGGGGUGCGGAUGCCGCCCAAGCCAAGGUGCUCACCUUCCUGGACAGCCACUGCGAGUGUAACGAGCACUGGCUGGAGCCGCUGCUGGAGCGGGUGGCCGAGGACAGGACGCGGGUUGUCUCACCCAUCAUCGAUGUCAUCAACAUGGACAAUUUCCAGUACGUGGGGGCCUCUGCGGACCUGAAGGGCGGUUUCGACUGGAACUUGGUGUUCAAGUGGGAUUACAUGACACCUGAGCAGAGAAGGUCCCGGCAGGGGAACCCAGUCGCCCCCAUAAAAACCCCCAUGAUUGCUGGUGGGCUGUUCGUGAUGGACAAGCUGUACUUCGAGGAGCUGGGGAAGUACGAUAUGAUGAUGGAUGUGUGGGGCGGAGAGAACCUGGAGAUCUCCUUCCGCGUGUGGCAGUGUGGUGGCAGCCUGGAGAUCAUCCCCUGCAGCCGCGUGGGACACGUGUUCCGGAAGCAGCACCCCUACACGUUCCCGGGCGGCAGUGGCACCGUCUUUGCCCGUAACACCCGCCGGGCCGCGGAGGUCUGGAUGGAUGAGUACAAGAACUUCUACUACGCAGCAGUGCCUUCUGCCAGGAACGUUCCUUAUGGCAACAUUCAGAGCAGACUGGAGCUCAGGAGGAAACUGAGCUGCAGACCCUUCAAGUGGUACCUUGAAAACGUCUACCCAGAGCUGAGGGUUCCAGACCACCAGGACAUAGCUUUUGGGGCCUUGCAGCAGGGAACCAACUGCCUUGACACCUUGGGACAUUUUGCUGAUGGUGUUGUUGGGAUCUAUGAAUGUCACAAUGCUGGAGGAAACCAGGAGUGGGCCUUGACCAAGGAGAAGUCGGUGAAGCACAUGGACCUCUGCCUCACCGUGGUGGACCGGGCGCCGGGCUCGCUCAUCAAGCUGCAGGGCUGCCGGGAGAACGACAGCAGACAGCGGUGGGAGCAGAUCGAGGGCAACUCCAAGCUGAGGCACGUGGGCAGCAACCUGUGCCUGGACAGUCGCACGGCCAAGAGCGGGGGUCUGAGCGUGGAGGUGUGCGGGCCAGCCCUGUCGCAGCAGUGGAAGUUCUCGCUCAACCUGCAGCCGUAGCUGCGCCCACGCCCCGCUGCGCACCGUCGGGCUGGCCGUCACCUUAUCGAUCAUGUUUCCUAAACUUUCUGCGAAACUAUAUACCUCAGUAUUCCAUCACGGUCUGAAAGCCAGAGGACCCGGAGACGCGGGCCGUGCCCACGUGGCAAGCAGGGAGGAGAGCCGGGCCCACCAGGCGCCCCCGCCCCUCCGCCUUCGCUUCUCAUGUGCUGGGCAGCUGAGGACGGGCCGUGGCGAGGCCAGGAGGAGUACUGGAGCGUGUAGAGGAGGAGGGGCAGGGCCCGGCUUGGGAGGACUCUGCGCCUGCCCCUGGUCCCACCGGCCCUGCUGUCCCCAUGGUGACCGGGUGGCAGGCUCACCCUCCUCACUGAUGGCUUGCUGUGUCUGAACUCACUUCCCCGUGGGACGCUAAAUACAACAUGUGCGCGAAAGCUGCGGCCAGUUCCCUGUGGUCUCCUAGGUCGCCAUCUUGUCACCUGUGGGAGGGCCACUCUGCUGGAAGGCCAGGUGGCCACCUUUGUCCCCUGGAACUUCAUUGGCCUGUAGGUGCUCUGGUGGCCAGCGGGGCCCCCAGGGCCCCUCUGGUGGCCUCCAGCUUGGGACUCGCUGCGUGUUGGGAAUCUGCUCUUCAUCUGUCAGUGUCUGUGAACCUGGACAGGUUGCUUAUUUUGGCAAGUAUGUUUUGGGUUUUUUUCAUUAAUGUUUUUUUUUCUCUGAGGGGAGAAACAGUCCAGCUGCACAUCCCCCAGUGUGAGCCAGCAGGACCCCGCCACCCGUGGCAGGCGGGUCAGACACGCUGCACUGGGACACACACCAGCACUGGGUGCAUGCUGGCCCCAGACCUGGACACCAGGCCUUCGGGGCUCCCUGAGCUGCGCCCUCAGCCUGCAGGUGGACCUGGAGCCCUGGCGUGCCAGCCGCACCCAGCGUCCCCUUGUUCCAUGCAGCAUGGCUGCCUCAGGCCCUUGGGUAGAGCUGGGUGGACACGAAACCAAGCAAUGCCGCAUACCUUGGAGACUCGGGUGGGAGGCAGGGGCCUGUGGUCCUGUGCAGUCUCCAAGGCCGGCACUGGAGCAGGACGGGAAAAACCUCUCACUCAGAACGCUGCCCGGAGCCCACUGUCUCUCGAGCCCCCAUCCUGAGAGCCCAGCCCCUGCUGGCGUGGCCACUGCCUGUCCCCCUGCCCUCCCACACAAGCACCCGGGCACCUGGCGCCUCUGACGUGCACAUCAGGCCCCUUCAGGCCUCAGAGGCCAGGAGUCGAGGUGCUGGAGUCUGCCGGUGCUCCCAUGCUGCUUGGAGAGGGAGUCCUGCUGGCCUCCACCUCAGGAGCCCACAGUGCGCACACUGUGACCAGGCCCUCGUGAGGCCUGGCCAGGGGGCUGCCUGCGUCUCUUUCCCCGCCAGGCAGACAGUGUCCACGUGCCAGGUGACGUCCACACCUCUCCAUCCUUCAGUGCAGGGCUGAGGAAAGCCACUCCCAGUGCAGGUGUGAGGCUGCCAGCAGACCCAGAGUGAGGGCCAGGACCAGCCUGUGCGGGCACUGCCCGCAGCACUGGGUUCUGCUCUUGCCCCUGCUGCCUGAGGACAGGCCUCGGACGUGGGGCAGAUCGGGCCUGCCGGGCACGCCUGUACCCACUGGGCUGGUCGCCCGUGCACUGCGUGUGCUGUCUGAACCCCGGGCGCCUCUGGCCGAGUCCUGGACAGCUGGUAGCAGAGGCGGCUAAGCGGGCCCUCCAGAGCAGCCCUGUUUACGCGACAGUGUGCCAAAGCGACUUCCUGUGUGUGCGGUCCUUCUCGGUCAUCAGGCUGUCCACCCUCCCCGAGCCUGGGGAGCGGCAAGGUGGCAUCUCCUCUGUGGUGUCCUGUGCCGGUGCAAGCGGAAGCAAUGGUGUCUGUGAGUACGUUUUGCAAAUUCAGAAUAUAGUUUGGUAAUUUUUUUCCAGUUGAUUUUUAAAAAGAACUGCUGUACAGAGCUUGUACUUUGUCCAUUUUAUAGAUGGAAACCAUCCUUGAGAUUGUUUAACUUAAAUAAAGAGAAGAUACUUUAUA